UAGACCUGCGUUCCGCUCAAUCCUAACUUUUUUUUCAGAGAGCUCGUCGAAGAUAGAAUUGUUUACGGAAUAUUUCUGUUUUCUCGUGCGCGGCGGUUAUUAAUGAAUUUUUUUGAAAAACUUAAUAUGUUUAAUAACUAAAAAAUUGGCAAAAAAAUAAGACCAAAGCGGUUACCGAAUUUUCGCGGUUGUACGAUUAAGUUUUGAAUCGAGUUUCUGAUUACAGAAUUUAAUCAAGAAAUCCGAGAAAAUCGUAAAACGACAAAUACGAAAAAUAAAAGAAAUAAAAUAUAAAUGAAGAAAAAUAACAAACAAAAAAAUAAAUAAAAUAAAGUGCAAAAAAAAAUCUAGCAACUGUGAAAAAGACUUACGAAUUUUCACAACAACUUGAUGUUUGUAACGGAUUUUCAAGAAACUGGUAACAAAAACAUUAAUGUGGAUUCUUCUUCAACUGCUUCUUUGGCCAAAAUAUUUUAUGGCUGACGGCUAAGUUUUUUUUUCUGACUUGUACGGAGAACGGCGAAUAUUCACGAUCUUCUGGGCAAAUCUUCUUCUAACGCUGGAGACCCACACCAUCACUGGCCAACCCAUUAAGUGAAAUAGCAACAGCCACGUAGCAUGCGUCUCUUUAAAACGCGAAAAUCCACGGACACCUACAGCACACUAGCAGCUCAGCAACAGGAACAGGAACAGGAGCAACCCCACAACGGCAGCAACAAUUGCCAGAGCAACAGCAACAGGAAAAGCCAUACACCAGCAACAUGCAGCAACCGGCUAAACAAGAGCAUUGUGACCAGCACCACAAUAUCCUCUUCGCUGCCUGAUCUGCACGAGAAUUCGCCCGUCAUGAUCCUCAGCUGCACCACCCUGGCCAGCAAUGGAGCCACCGCCACGGCAACGGCCACAGCAACAGCCACCGCGACGUCAGCAACAUCUGGUGGCAGUCUCCAUCAGCAGCAGCCGCAACAACAGCCAUUACGCACGGCCACGCCCACAUGUCUAUUAAGUGGAAGGCAAACGCCCUCGGCCAUAUCGGUGAUGUCGUUGCAAGAGGCCACCAGUCUGCACCGUCAACAGCAACAUCAGCAACCCACUAUCUAUGUGCCCAUGCCCACUAAGCUGGGCGGCAAUGUCAACUCUGGUGGCACCUCGGCCACAUUGCUAUUGAGCUAUGGUAGCACCAACAGCAUUGCCACCGUACAGCAACACCAACAGCAGCAGCAGCAGCAACAGCAACACGCUGCUCAGUAUCAGCAAUAUGUGGCCCAGCGGUUGCAUGCGGCUUCCAGUAGCUGUUUGUACGAGAAGGGGGCGAAUGCGAGCGGGGGAGCGGUCAAUGGAAGUGGCAGCCACAAGGGGCGAUCCUUGACGCCAAAUGGCCACCUUCCGGACUAUAAAUUAGUGACCGCCGUACCAGUUGUUGUCCUGGACGAUGAGCACAAACCGAACUCAUUGCCAGCCAAGGAGCUGAGUCGCAACAGCAGCAACAGCAACAUCAACACAACCAGCAACAGCAACAGCAAUGACGUCAGCAACAGCAACUCCAAUGCCAGCAGCUCGACAUCUUUGGCCAGCACAACGAGAAACGUUUUCACCUGGGGCAAGCGCAUGAGUCGCAAACUGGAUCUGCUGAAGCGCAGCGACUCACCCGCCGCCGCCCACAAGUCCCACUCCGAUCUGAGGAGUCUCUUCCACUCGCCAACGCACCACAAGAGCGGUGGGUCCGGCGGGUCCGCCAGUGGAUCCGUGCCCACAUCGUCGAAGGCCUCGCCCUCACCCACUGGCGGGGGCCACCACAGCAGCACCCUCAAGAAGUGCAAGUCGGGUCCCAUCGAGACCAUCAAGCAGCGUCACCAGCAGCAGCAGCAAUCGCAAACCCAACUGGGCCAGGAGGGAAGCCAGAGUGCCCAGACGACGCCCACUCACCAGUUCCAGGCGGCUGCCCGCCCCCAGAAAGUGCUGAAGAACUUCUUCCAUCGGAUCGGAUCCACGGGCAUGUUGAAUCAUCGCUCCCACAAUCUCCUCAAGGCUUCGGAGGCGGCCCAACAGGCCGCGCCCGCUACGACCACUCUGUACAGAAGCAGCUCCACCAGCCAGCUGUCCAGCUGCUCCUACGUCAAGUGCGACGAUCCCACCGAGGGCCUCAAUCUCCAGCGGGAGCAGCGCGAGCAGAGGCUGCCAAGGAUCGCCAGCUUAAAGUCCAGUAGCUGCGAUGACAUCGCCAAGGUAAGCAGCUGCCUGACGGCCAGCACGAGCAGUAACAGUGCUGCCGGAAGCCUGGGAUCUCCUCCAAGUGGAACGGCAGCCGGUGGAGCAGGAGCAGCUGCCACUAAUAGUGGGCAGCAGGAUGCCGCACGUCGUGGGGCCUUCCCCUAUGCCUUCCUGCGCUCGAGACUGUCCGUUCUGCCCGAGGAGAAUCAUGGCCAUGGACCUGGUCACCUCAAGCAGCAGAUGCAGCACCAGCGAGAGCAGCACCACCAACUGCAACAGCGAGAUCUCCUCCAGCAGGAGCAACAGCAGGCGUCGCCCCUUCCACAACGCCGAUCCCCGGAACAGGCCACGCUAAGCAAUGUGUCCCGGAACGACAGCAUAACGUCCAAGGACUGGGAACCACUUUACCAAAGAUUAAGUAGUUGUCUAAGUUCGAACGAGUCCGGCUACGACAGCGACGGAGGAGCCACGGGCGCCCGACUGGGCAAUAAUCUGAGCAUCUCCGGCGGAGAUACCGAAUCUAUUGCCUCGGGAACGCUCAAGCGGAACUCUCUCAUCUCCCUGAGCUCCUCGGAGGGCGUUGGCAUGGGAAUGGGCAUGGGCAUGGGCUUGGCUCUGGGAACGGGACCGGGAUCGGGCAGAAACAGUAGCAUCUGCAGUGCCCCCGUCUCACUGGGUGGCUACAACUACGACUACGAAACGGAGACCAUUCGGCGGAGAUUCCGGCAACUGAAACUGGAGCGCAAAUGCCAGGAGGACUACAUUGGCAUUGUCCUGUCACCGAAAACCGUGAUGACGAACAACAAUGAGCAGCAGUUCCGUUAUCUCAUCGUGGAACUGGAGCCCUAUGGCAUGGCCCAAAAGGAUGGACGCCUUCGCCUGGGCGAUGAGAUUGUCAAUGUGAAUGGAAAGCACCUGCGUGGCAUCCAGUCCUUUGCCGAGGUCCAGCGCCUGCUGAGCAGCUUUGUGGACAAUUGCAUCGAUCUGGUGAUUGCCCACGAUGAGGUCACCACGGUGACGGACUUCUACACCAAGAUCCGCAUCGAUGGCAUGAGCACCCAACGACACCGGCUGAGCUAUGUGCAGCGCACCCAGAGUACCGACAGCUUGACCAGCAUGCAGAGCCUCCAGUUGCAGCAGGAGAGGAUGCAGAACCAGAACCCCGAUCAGGAGCAAGAUGGCGGCGAGGGCGAGGAUCAGUGCGAUGCCCGUUCCAUGGCCAGUGUCAGUACUAUGCCAACACCGAUGCCAUUGAUGCAGCACCGUCGCAGCUCCACGCCAAGGCAUUCGCUGGACGUUAGUGCCCCGGAGCACGAGCUACUCAGACGGCGGGCCAGGAGCUCAUCAGGUCAGCGCAGCUUGGCUCUAACACCGACCCCGCUCUUCGCCAGCAGCGGCAGCAGCAGCAGCUGCUCCACCUCCCCUAACCACCGGUUGUUGGAUAACGAGAACGACACUGCUAACGACACCGACUCCUAUACGCCAGUGUACACAAACCGGGCGGCGAGCGUGUGCGUGGCCUCCUCCCUGGCGGACGAUGAAAAGUGGCAGUUGCUGGCCCGAAAGCGCUGCUCCGAGGGCUCGGCCCUGGUGCCUGGUGGCUCGCCUCAGCAGUUCGGCCAGCGCACCCACUACGCCAGGAACUCCAUCAACCUGACCAACUCGCACUACCGCUCCCUCCGGUUUGCUCACUCGCGCUUGAGUUCGUCGCGUCUUAGUCUCUUUAUGCAGGCUCCGAAUAACAGUCUAACAGGCGGAGAGCCAGCUCCUAACACCCCUCCUCAAUCCACUACAACAACAACUGAUCUCACUAACAAUCAGCAGCAGCAGUUACAACAACAACAGCCACCACAACCACACCAAUCACUCUACAUCAAGCACUCGCCAAAGAGCGUCUCAUUAUUCUCGCCUAAUCCGUAUGUUAAUGCCUCAUCCUCACCAGCAUCAGCAUCAGCAUCCGCAUCGUCUGGAGGAGCUUCGUCGGGAGCUUCUCUGGCGCCGCCCGCCGCUGCCCUAAUGCAUCAUCGUCCAUCGCUGCCAGUUGCCAAGCUAACCAUACGCGACGAGGAAAUGGCAGAGGUCAUUCGUGCCUCCAUGAGCGAGGGUAGUGGACGAUGCACUCCCAAGACCAUAACCUUCUUCAAAGGACCUGGACUGAAAUCUUUGGGCUUCAGCAUUGUGGGUGGUCGGGACUCACCCAAAGGGAACAUGGGCAUCUUUGUAAAAACCGUUUUUCCCACGGGCCAGGCAGCCGAUGAUGGCACACUACAAGCUGGCGAUGAGAUAGUGGAGAUCAACGGAAACUCUGUGCAAGGAAUGAGCCAUGCGGAAACCAUAGGCCUCUUCAAAAAUGUUAGGGAGGGCACCAUUGUCCUAAAGAUCUUGAGGAGAAAACUGCAGAAAGCUAAAUCGAUGGGAACAUAACUAAUGGCUAGUUAAUAUACACCUUUAACUUAUCCCAAUAAGAAUACCUGAUUAAGGACAACCUGUUUCGUUUAACGUAGUUAAAUGUUUAAAUCACUUAUAAAGUAGUCUUUAUUCUAAUCGUACAAAGCCCCCCAGAGAGAACUACACAAACAUAUGAAUAAACAUUAUAUAGAGACUCAUAGUAGCGUCUAGAAACCCAAAUAGUCUGUAAGCUAUUGUAUGGAGUUACAAUUUUAAAUUAUUUACCCUUUAUCGACUAGGUUAAGCUUCGAAACGUUGCAAAAGUUCAAAUAACAACAUAAAUAUAUUUACCUGAAAGCAAC